CCAGCAGGCACAGCACGGCACAGAGCAGAACAGAAAUUCAUUCCCACUUUAGUAGAGUCUCUCUACCAUGGCCAGCGCCGCCGCCAGAUCCUUUUUCCGAUCAACUCCCGUCCGGAACGCGGCCGCCAAACUCGCCUCUGAAGCCAAAGCAGCUCGCUCUCCCUUUCGUCCCUCAACCCCAAAACCCCUUUCUCAACGUAUCUUCAGGUGUCCAGUUGAAAUGAGUGCUUGCGUGGAUUCGAUGCAACCAUUCCACACUGCGACGGCUUCGGCAUUGAUGACUUCGAUGCUCUCGAUUUCUCGCCACAGUUGUGGUUGGCUUCCCGAAGGUGAUUUGAAUUGCUUUCUUCUCUGGCUUCAAAUGAUGAUGUGUGAUGAAUGUUCCGAAGAUUGAAGCGAAGUUUUGUUUACAAAAAUUCCACAUACUAAGACUGUGACAGCUAAGUUAGAGAUUUAGAGUGAGCUGCAGAAGAGCUAACUUGGAUUUCCUACACCUCCAAUCAUAAAUGAGCUACUACUACUAGAUUCUGUUAUUCUUCAAGACUCGUGCCUUCAUUGUUUGAUGUUUGAUGGUUGAUAUAUAUAUAGCUGUGUUCAAGUGUCAUGUUAAUUGCAAAAUGUAAUUUUGAUUUCAUUACUUUUCUUGAUAUUAAUAAGAUCAUUAAAACUUCAUACUAAUUACUUGUA